AGAUUACCUUACCUUCGUGAUUUUCUUUUAGAUUAUUUUGCAAUAUCUGAUCGACUGGAUGCAACUACGUCAUGGUCAAAUGUCGAAGUACUUGUUGAAAAAGUAAAAGAAAUAAUUACAACAACCUGUAAAGCUCAAAGUAUUCGGCCAAGGCCAUACAUUGGAGUUCGAGUUGAUAAUAUAUAUGAUACAGGUGCAAGUAUAACUUUCACUUAUGGAUUUAACUGUCGUAAUCUUAAUGACCCUCUUGGUGCAUUAAAACUUAUCGAACAAGCUGCGUUAGCCGAGAUAUUACGAUCAAAUGGUUCCGUUUCACAUAAUACUUCCGGUAUAGGAAAAAGAAAAAAAGAAAGUUUUCUGGAAUCUCUAAGCGAGCCUGCUGUUAAAGUUUUAAAAAAUAUAAAAAA